AGGAAGCAAUCUCAUUUGCGUGAACGAGACGGAGAUAUUUGUCAGUCGGAUUCCCUCCCCCGAUACCAUACUUUAAUUAUAGACAACUAUCAGCCCUGCUGUUGUUCUUCAAUAAUACCUAUGAAGUGCUAAUAAGUGGCUUAUAAACAGUAUUACAUGUUUAACCUGAGCUUGACUAUACAUUAGGCAUUUGUAUGUAUUAGGAAUUCUGUUCUUGACUUAGAUUAGUCUGUUGUUUCUGAGCCCCUUGCACUACUUCUGCAUUUCUCCUAGUGGUCAGAAGGGGGCGCAGUAAACACAAUUCCCAUGUCAUCCCACGUCUCAUUUCACAGCGCUCUCUCCCCCGCUCCUUAGCUUUCUCUUACCCACCCAUACUCACGCACACAGCGACUGUGCCUUUCAGGAAAGGUAUUUUGUGUCUGUACGAUUAAUUCCAGCGGUGACCAACCAACAGACCCAUUUUCCUGUCUCUCCGUUUCUCUGUAUCUGACGUUUGCAGUACAAGCGCACGGUUGUCGCUAUAAUGGGUUACAUUAUAACGGAAUACUAUUGAGUCUUCUCCGUUCUCCGCGUGCAGACAUAGUCCACAGACCAACUGAAAUCUAAGUAUUUUUCUGUGGAUCGCGUUUCAUACCGAGUUCCCUGGUUGUGAGCCCCUCAUCCCGCGAAACAAUGGAGAAGUUGGAGAAGGGAAACAAAUCAGAGGAAGAUUGUGUAUCUCUAGAGGAGGAAGUUGACCCACGGAUUCAGGGGGAGUUGGAGAAGUUGAACCAGUCUACUGAUGACAUCAACCGCUGGGAAUCAGAGCUUGAGGACGGUCGCCAACGGUUUCGGGCAGUGCUGGUGGAAGCCACGGUGAAGCUGGAUGAGCAGGUGAAGAGGAUCGGUCGAGCUGUAGAAGAAUCCAAGCCUUACUGGGAGGCCAGGAAAGUGGCCAGACAGGCUCAGCUGGAUGCCCAGAAGGCGACGGGGGAGUUCCAGCGUGCGGUGGAGGUCCUCAGGGCAGCUAAGGAGACCAUCGCCCUGGCGGAGGAGAGGCUCCUGGAGGACGACAGCAGACAGUUCGACUCGGCCUGGCAGGAGAUGCUCAACCACGCCACCAACAGGGUGAUGGAGGCUGAGACGACGAGGACUCGUAGCGAAAUGGAGCACAGAAAAACAGCAAACCACUAUAAUGCCUGCAUUAGUCAUAUGAGGCAGCUGGAGAAGAAACUCAAGCGCACCAUCAACAAGUCAAGGCCAUAUUUUGAGCUGAAGGCUAAAUAUUAUCUACAACUUGAGCAACUAAAACGCCACAUAGACGAGCGCCAGGCGAAGCUGACCGUUGCCAAGGCUGACUACCGCACAGCGCUGCGUAACCUGGAGACCAUCUCAGAGGAGAUCCAUGCACGGCGACGCUGUGUUACCAUGGGAACCAGAGGGAGGGGCGUCGGGUCUGAGGUAGAUGGAGGCCACGAGGACAUUACCAACUUCAAGAUGGAGUCAGACGGACUGUCCAUGGCGUCUGUGACGUUUGAUGAUGAUGGCGGUACCAGUGGGGGGUCGGAGGAAGAAACAGGAACACACUCCACGUCCGCUCCCGUUGACAUGCCGUCCUCCUCCCUCCACCCUAACCCCUCCUGCUUCUCCUCCCCCUCUGCCGACCUCUCCUCCUCUCCCUCCCUCCUCCCUGCGUCCUGUCCUGGCACCACGGAAAGAGCCAGGUCAGGCGGCUGGCUCAGCCCAGAGGGGAGGUGUGGUUCUGGGCCUGACUCUCCUCUCCUCGGUGCCCGCUCCCAGUGUAGCGGAGCCUCGUCUCCAGACCUAGACUCUGAACAGGAAAGAGGAGACAGGGCGGAGGGUGCAGAGCAUAAACUGGAGGCAGGUUUGCGUAAACUGACCCUGACGAAAACACAUCCACUGCAUCCUGGGAAUGAUGACCAAAGUGGUCUCCAGCCACACCCCUUUGGCUCAUAGACCCACCCCAACCCUGACCAACAGCACGAACAGAACGAACAGGCGACUUCAGCUCCAAACAAUGACUCAUAACCUUUAACCCUGAGCGUUGACAUGAAGUUCAGUCUGGACUUCAUACAGCAACACUGUUUUGUUCCCUCCAGAGGAUAAUUGGACAACCCUCUCUAUGUACAUAAAGCAAUAAGGACAUGGAACGUACAGAGCCAUUUUAGAACUUGCCCAGAACUGAACUGGGAAAACCUUGGUGGGGAAAAUAACAUGAUCUGGUCAUAGCCAGGUGAGCCUAAACCUUAAAACCCUCUGAAAAAAGGGUGUGAAAGAAACCUCACUGUGGCUGAUUCCUGAGUAUCUACUCAAAGGUUGUCUUUACACAGUCCUCACCAUGGAUUAACAUAGUCCAUUGGUGUAAACUGGAGGGGGUUUAGUUGACUGUUGGAAUGACCCUGCACAGGGGACAACAGAAAUACAGACAGGCUGUGACAUCACGGCUUAAGCCCCGAUCCCAUAGGGCAUGAGAAAAGCAAAGGGUACUGUGUCCUCUGCACACGUGUGCGUGCGUGUGUGCGCCAGAGGAACUGCAUGUGGCUCCAGUUUUCUGCUUCACACAGACUGAAUGUGAUUGUUGUUUGCAAACAUGAUGCUCUGUGUGUGUGUGUGUGUGUGUGUGUGUGU